GCUCCUUAUGGUACAUAACCUUAACAAUAAAGAAUAUUUCAAACUCUCUGUCAGUAUGAGCCAAUUGGCACCAAGUGAUAUUCCAGCAACAAAUUUCAACAUUGCUACUUUCUUUUUGUUUUGCAACUUCCAUCAAUGAAGCCCACUUCAUAAAGAGGAAACCAAAACCACAGAGCCAUUUUCCACAAAAAACUCUACUUAAACAUAAAAAUAAGAAAAAAUGAAUGGUUUUCCCACUUGGGCACUGGCCAUUUUGAUCUUUCUCAUCUUUCAAAUGGCUAAUUCAGAAGAUCAAGACUUGAAGCAACUCAAGCAAGUGCUGGUGCAAUUCAUGGACAAACUUUCACCGGGAAAUUCUGUGAGAGAUGUCAAAUGGGGUUGGAACAUGAGUUCAGACCCUUGCAGAGACCAAUGGGAGGGUGUGACAUGUGAUAAACAGAAUUAUGUGAAGAAAAUAGUUCUUGAAAUGUCCAAUUUAACUGGAGUUCUUGAUGCAGAUUCUCUCUGCAUGGUACAGUCUUUGGGUGUUGUGAGUCUGAAGAACAACAAAAUCUCUGGUCUGCUCUCAGAAGACAUUGGAAAUUGCAGAGAUUUGACCCACUUUUAUAUAAGUGGAAAUCAGUUCUCUGGUGACCUUCCUGACUCUCUCUCACAGUUGAAUAAUUUGAAAAGGAUUGAUAUAUCCAACAACAACUUCCAUGGUGAGCUUCCUGAUCUGCCAAAGAUUUCAGGCUUGAUAUCUUUCCUUGCACAAAACAAUCAACUUGAUGGGCAAAUACCAGAUUUUGAUUUCUCCAAUCUGAAGGUGUUCAAUGUCUCCAACAACAACUUCAGUGGUCCAAUUCCUGAUGUCAAAGGCCAACUCACAAAAGACAGCUUUUCAGGUAAUCCUAAGCUAUGUGGAAAACCACUACCAAAUACCUGCCCACCUGUCCCAACAUCUAUAAUGCCAAAGAAGAAAUCAAACAAGUCCUCAUCUAAAAAGCUUCUCAUCUUCUCAGGCUACAUAAUACUUGGCCUGGUUUUUGUGUGCUUCUUUGUGUAUAAAUUUAUCAGCAAAAAGAGGACCAGAGAAUAUGAGGAAAAGGGUGGAAAUGAAAAGAUAGCAACAGCUGAUACUGCUAGCACUGUGCCUAACACUAUUACUUCUAGUGAGUUCAACGCUGAUGGUGUGCCUAAGACAGCAGAGUACUCAUUAACCUCUGUUGAAACUGGAAUGGUUCCACCGCUUGUAGUUCUCACAAGUCCAUUGCUGAUGGGGUUAAGUUUUGAGGAGUUGCUCCGAGCUCCAGCUGAAUUGCUUGCAAGAGGAAAGAAUGGAAGCCUCUACAAAGUCAUGCUUGAUGAUGGGGUUAACUUGGUUGUGAAGAGGAUCAGGAAUUGUGGGAUCUCGAGCGAAGAUUUCAAGACUAGGAUGAAAAAGCUCGAUCAAGCUAAGUGUCGAAAUGUCUUGCCAGCAGUUGCAUUCUAUUGUUCCAGACAAGAGAAGCUCUUGGUUUAUGAAUAUCAACCGAAUGGCAAUCUCUUUAACCUUCUUCAUGGAUCUUCAAAUGGCCAAAUAUUUGACUGGGGAAGCAGACUAAAUGUUGCAGACAUCAUUGCCGAGUCACUGGCGUUCAUGCACCAGGAGCUACGUGAAGAUGGCAUUGCCCAUGGCAACCUCAAGUCCAUGAACAUUUUGUUCAACAUGACCAUGAAGCCCUGCAUCAGUGAAUAUGGGGUAAUGGAGACUGAAAAUCAAGACCAGUCAUUCCUUUCUCCAAACAAUGGAAUUGAAAGUUCUAAUGCAGGCCAUGCAUAUAGCACAUUCAAGGAUGAUGUUUAUGGUUUUGGUGUGAUUCUUCUUGAGCUUUUGACUGGGAAGCUGGUCCAGCAAAAUGGGUUUGAUUUGCCUAGGUGGGUGCACUCGGUGAUUGAAGAGGAGUGGACUCUUGAAGUUUUUGACAAGGCCUUGAUCCAAGAAGGUGCAAGUGAGGAAAGGAUGGUGAGCUUGUUGAAGGUAGCAUUGCAGUGCAUAAAUCCCUCAUCAAAUGAUAGGCCAAGUAUGAGUCGAGUUUCGAUGAGGCUAAAGUCUAUAAAAGAGGAGGUAGAGAGAUCUAUAUCUUCUGACCCAUGAAAAGAAGAAAAGAAAAAAACACUUCAUUAUUAAGUUGCAUCUCUUGUUGGAGGAAUUUGAUUCAAAAUCCUAUCUUUCUAUGCAGAAAAAUUCUGUGCUUCAGCAUUAAUGGUAUAUGGUUGUAUUUUGUUUUUGGGUUAUCCUAUAUCCUAUGUCCUAAAAUGUUCAAUUUUGCUUUAAGGAGAUGCAUAUCCUGAGACUGCUAUGUUCAUGUCAUGCGGUAUGAGUGAUCUUACAUGUAAAUUGUGAUUGGAAAGCCUUAUUCGUGACAAUGGACCCGUCACCCGUGGUUAAGGAACAAGUUGAUGCAAUA